AAAUCCACGAAUUUUCCUGAGAAAUCCGCGAAUUUUAGAUUCAAAAUGUGCUCCGACAGAUAUUUUCUAGGAAUUAUUGCAACGGUUUCUUUGGGAUGUUCCUUAGCAUAUCUCUUUCUCUUCUCUAUCCCACACUCGUCUUGGAUCCCGGUUAGUCCUGGAUGGCAGGAAAUUUCGUUAAACAUUGUUGUUGCUGCUUCUAAUAACUUGACUUGGACUCCCGAGGAUGACCGAUAUUUAUUACUCAACAGUUUUGCCAGCGCACUGGGAGCCCUUGGCUUCAACAGAGACAAGGUGUACAACCAACUUUUCAACUCGUGGGCUGUUCUUUUGACAUUUACAUCUGUGUUUAAUCUGAUCAAUGUUAUUGCCUGUAUUCUCAUCUAUUUUUACGUCUUCAAAUUUUAUCAGCCAAGGUACAGGUUUCUCCUUCUGCCCUGGAUUAUACUAGCAUGUUUAGUCUUUAUGUUCCUUGGGGCUGUUCUAGUGAUUAUGCUCUACUACCUUUCUGACAGAGCCAGGAUUAUUGCUGAAAUACGAGAAACAAAACUUAACUAUUACAAGGCUGUAACCCUGCUAAUAAUAUUUGCAACUGUUCACUAUGCUUCCUUUUUACUUUCUGUUCUACACUAUCUGGAGGCCGAGGAAAAAGCAGCAUAUAUUUGGAAUAUUAAUAGACAAGCAGGAAGUGAAUGGAACAUUUCAAUGGAUUCAAGGGAUCAACCACAAACCCCACCUCCAGGAUAUACUGAGACUAUUGAGGAAGGACUUCAUCUGAACAGAAUUCAUAUUUAUGAUCAAGGUUUCUCUCAUAUAUCCAAACCCAUUCAUUUAAACCCUGUUCCAGGGCACAACCAAAACUUUAAACAGGAGACAGUUACAGUUAAUCCUCAACUACAUCGUGGUGGAAUACAACAAGUACAUCCUGAAAUUCAUCAAGCAUGGAUUCAUCAGAGAGCUUAUGAAGAACGUCAAGAAGUGAGACAACAGUCAGCCCUUGAAGUUCGUCAAGAAGAGAUUCAACAAAGGAACCCUGAAUUACACCAAGAAGGGAUCAAACAGAGGGAUCCUGAAGUACACCAAGAAGGGAUCAAACAGAGGGAUCCUGAAGUACACCAAGAAGGGAUCCAACAGAGGUAUCCUAAACUACACCAAGAAGGGAACCAACAGAGGGAUCCUAAACUACACCAAGAAGGGAUCCAACAGAGGUAUCCUGAACUACACCAAGAAGGGAUCCAACAGAAGUAUCCUGAACUACACCAAGAAGAGAUCCAACAGAGGGAUCCUGAAGUACGUCAAGAAUGGACAGUUCAAAAGGAUUCUGAAGUACACCAAAAAGGGAUCCAACCAAAGGUGUCUGAAUUACACCAUUUAGGAAUCCAACAGAGGUAUCUUGAACUACACCAAGAAGGGAUCCAAAAGAAGGAUCCUGAAGUACGUCAAGAAUGGAUCCAACAAAGGGGUUCUGAUGCACACCAAGAAGGGAUCCCACAGAGGGACCCUGAAUUACACCAAGAAGGGAUCCAACAGAGGGACCCUGAAUUACACAAAGAAGGGAUCAAACAGAGGGACCCUGAAUUACACCAAGAACGGAUCCAACAGAGGGACACUGAAUUACACCAAGAAGGGAUCCAACCCAGGGUGUCUGAAUUACACCAAGAAGGAAUCCACAAGAGGGAAUCUGAACUAUACCAAGAAGGAGACAAUCUAUCCAACACAUCUAAAAUCACAAUUAUACCAAAUUUGGAAACUUUCAGUAUAAAUCAUCAACCAUAUGGUCAGAGAAAUAUUAGGAAUUUACAAGCUGACCUCUGCAGUUCAAAUUCUGAUGUAGAUAAGAGUAAUCUGUAAAAAAAGAUUCUCAAGUUCCAGUGAACUUCCUAGAGAACUCCCCGUGUAUCUUUCACUUGGAUUAUCAUUUUCUGAUUCUAUUUUAACAUAAGGUCUAAGAUCAUGAUCAAGAUCCAUGCUGCAAUUAUGUGUUAUUUUUAAAAUCAUUAUUCAACUUUGUUUAAAUUCAUGUGUUUUAAAUAUUUCUAAAAUAAAUUCAUGUAUAUAAAUAACUAAACAUAAUUCUACAUCCACAAA